GGUUUGAGUCGCUGCCGCUGCCACGAAAAUGUUAGCUUGCUCAAGCUCGCUGACUGUUGGUGAUAAUUCACGUUCGGUCUAUAGCGCUUGUGUAAACUAGCUUUUCGUCUCGUGCUAUCGAGACGAUCGACCGCGUUUUGCUCGGCCUGCGAGCAGGAGCAGGUGAGUGAGAGAGUGGACGCACAACGCACGCUCAUUGAACAGCUCGUAUUCGGCUCGUAUCGUCGAUCGCCGAUCUGUUAAAAGCAAGCAGGUUAACUGCAUUCUGCUGUCGCAACAUCUUGUCCUGUUCUAUCUUCCUGUCCCUGUCCUCUCUUUAUGAUAUUAGCCCCGAGCAUUAGACGCAGAUUAGUAUCUCUGUGUGCCUUUGGCAGUCGAUAGCGAUUUGAUGACCAUCGGAUGAAAUUCCGCUUUCAUUGCACCUGUCAAGUGCACUUUCUAAUGUAUGACUCAUACUGCUGCUGAUGGUGUAAAAAAUUGGAAUGCCACUCUAGAGAAUAUUUUUAGUUUAUUAACAAUAAGAAUUCGCGAUCAUUUUUAAGUGAUUUUGUAUCUGUAAUGAGUAGAAUUGUAGAUAAGAGCAUGAACAAACGUUACAGAAUGAUGGACGAACCACUGAACCAAGGCGCUUCACCGUCUAGCGGUGGCAACUUUUCAGCAGGUGGUAGUGGUGAUCUCGAUUCGUCUACCAUAAUGAGCCUGGAUGAAAGGAUAUUGGACAUCACAUCGCGACACACCUUAAAUGUUCUCAGGACACCACCCACUAAAAAGGCCAAGAGAGUCCGAUUUUUCCGCAAUGGAGACAAAUAUUACACAGGCGUGGUAAUGGCAGUGACGCCAGAAAGAUAUCGCAGCUUUGACAGUCUUGCAUCUGAUCUGACACGUGCCUUGGUGUCGAGUGUAACCCUACCGAACGGUGUUCGUGCGAUCUAUACCAUGGACGGCCGUAAAGUACAGAGCGUCAGCGACUUGGAGGAUGGCAAGUGCUAUGUGGUAUCUGGCCAAGGUGAGAUCUUCAAGAAGGUUGAGUAUUCGGCGUCCAAGGUCCGUCGAGGGAGCUCUUUGUCUGGAUUACCGCAGUCGCCAGCGGCUAGCGGUAGCGGCGUUGGCACCGGCAGGCAGAUCAGUGCCAUUCCGCUGUGCGUGAAAGCGCGCAUCGUAACGCUGAUCCGCCACGGUACCAAGCCGCGUAAAGUGAUGAGACUGUUGCUGAACAAGCGUAAUGCGCCGAGUCUUGAGCAUGCAAUGGAGGCGAUUACAGAAGCAGUGAAACUUGACUCUGGGGCGGUAAGGAAGGUGUACACAUUGUCGGGUCAGCAAGUCACUUCGCUCGAGCAAUUUUUCGACAGCGACGACAUCUUCGUGGCGUAUGGUCCGGAGAAGUCUAUACAGGAGGACUUUGAGCUAGACUUUGAGGAGAGUAAGUGCGUGCAGAGUUUUCGACGAUGUCCGUGGAGUUCUAAGCGACAGAGCGGCCCGAUGCCACGUAUGCCGAGAAAAUCUGGCAAGAAGAUGCUCACUACGCCUCAAGUCAGGACUCCCAGUCCAUCAUCUUUGAUACUGCCCCAACCACUGAGGCUACACUACACUGUGGGGCAUGUUAUUGGAGACGGAAACUUUGCUGUCGUUAGGCAUUGCAUUCAUAAAUCUACUGGUGCUGAAUAUGCUAUGAAAAUUGUGGAUAAAUACAAGUGUCAGGGCAAGGAGACGAUGUUAGCAAGUGAGGUGGCGAUCCUGAGGCAAGUCUGCCACCCCAACAUAAUCAGCUUAAUUGCGGAGCAAGAGACUGCUGAUCAGCUAUUUUUAGUCAUGGAACUUGUCAAGGGGGGAGAUUUGUUUGAUGCAAUCGCAGCUGCGACGAAAUUUUCUGAAGCAGAGGCAAGUGUGAUGAUUGGUCAUCUGACUUCCGCCUUGGCUUAUUUGCAUUCUCAUCACAUUGUACACCGCGAUGUUAAACCAGAAAAUCUCCUAGUUGAAAUGGAUGGUAGUCACGUUAGAUGCUUAAAACUGGGCGACUUUGGACUUGCGCAAGUCGUGAGAGAACCUUUAUACACGGUUUGUGGUACUCCCACUUAUGUGGCACCGGAAAUUCUCGCCGAAACCGGAUACGGUUUAAAGAUUGAUGUAUGGGCGGCCGGUGUGAUUCUGUAUAUUCUUCUAUGUGGCUUUCCACCUUUUGUAUCGGUAGAAAACGAACAGGAGGAACUGUUCGAACGUAUUCUGAGCGGCCAGUACGAAUUUACGUCACCAUACUGGGAUACGGUGUCAGAUUCGGCGAAGCAAUUAAUUUCGAACAUGUUGCAAGCACAGCCGGAACUUCGCUUCAGUGCCGAGGAUGUGUUAGAUCAUCCGUGGCUUGCGCAGAGCUUUCUAGGAGGCGAGCAGACCGCAGCAGCAACAACCACCGACGCAUCGACGGAGCAACACCGGUAUCAGCAGUGUAAGCCGAUAAGGUUGGCUACCUUUGAGUUCGACUUUAAAAAGCAGCGCAAUCAACGGCAGGAGACCGAUCAUGUCAAAACAAGAGUUGAAUGGAAGAACGUCAAUCAUCGCGACGCACUGGAGCUUAUCGACAUCUCGAGAAGGCAAGAUAAACAGGAUUGCGACGAAAUCGACUUCGCCAAUGGCAAUCACAGCGAGGAUGAGCCGGUGUUCCUUAGUUUUGACUGUCUGAGAACCAUUCACAGCUUAAGCCGAUCGAUGCACGAUCUGAUAGAUAAUUUGAAUGAUAAUAGAAUACCACGAUGUCGUCUCAAGUCGCAAAGCGCUACUUCUUCGCUCAACAGCAUUUCGGAAAAUUUAAACACGUAUAAUUAUCAUAGCAGUUUGUCGACUCGUUGCGAUGAAGUUACCAUAAAGACUGCCGCAACUCCCAUUAAUCAUCGAGGCGACGAAAAAAAUGAAAACUCAUCGAAGGAAAAAAAACAUCUCGACUUGAACUGCGAGACGCCCAAGUCGUCGAAUAAAUUUGCCUCCGCGAAUCGACAAAGUAAAUGCAAUAGAAAAAACUUGUGCGAUAUGAAUCGCGAUGAUAGCGAGAGCAGGUUUAAUGACGACUUUCGCAACAGCAACAUAACUGUGUCAACAUCGAGCGAUAGCUUAACCGGUGACAGUUCGACUGGCAACGAUAUCGAGACUUCCGACAGUUUCGUAAACAUUCAGUUCGCGCGUUUGGCACGCGGACAAAAGUCAAGCUCGACGCAAAGUAUGGAGUCAACUGAUAGCUUCGAGAAUGUGAGUUUUCGAUACGCGCACCAAAAUAACUGUCUUGUGAAUCGUCCUUUGCAAAUUUCUUCGCAACUCACAGUUAAUCAGGAUCAGACUAAAUCUGCCGCGAAGAUAUUACAGACCCGAAUACAAUAUUCAACUGCGCUGAAUGCGUUGAGGUCACCCAAACUGGACAUUCAGCCUGACAAAAAGACGUGCAACAGUCUGAGAGUUCAAGAAACAGACAAAUGCGUGAAGAACGAACCGGUAAAACUGCGGCAUGAAAGAUAUAUCAAUAGGAAAAACCCGAUAGAUUCCAGAAAUGUCAGAAGCAAGAGAUACAGCUGCUACUCAUCAUGCGCGACAAAAAGAUCACCUGAAGAGGUGCGCGACGGCGACAAAGUUACGACGCGAAAAUUUAGUUCAACGGAUGAAUUGCGCGAUGAAGUGAGGCAGAAGACAACGACGAGGUCAAAACGAUUCAGUUUAUUCUACACGCCGCAGCCAUUAAGGAAGAUGUACGAGGGCGAGGCAAAAACUGGGAGGAUCGCGUGCAAGUCGGUGAAUUGCGCCCAGAAGUCUGAGAGUAAGAGGAGGGAUGCAGAAGAAGCAGAGAAGGAGAGAUUAGAUAAGAACCGAAGAUCGGUGAUUGACGCUUCGACGGUCGCUAGCAGAAGCAAAUCCAACAGGCAGAAUGUUCAUGUGAGGCCGAGUGCUUUAGUAAAUACAAACAGGACAAAGUGAUGACGAGUAAAGUGGUAAAGAAUUAAAGUGAUUAGUGCCGAGGAUGUUUAAUCACUGAUACGCGACAGAGUCCAAAGUUCAAUGUAAUUGCUUUAAAAAUGAAGCAUCAAUUGCAAUGGUAAUGUUGAUUAAAGCAAUUGAAACUGGUCAGUGUUCUCCGGCGCAAGGCGACCGGAAAGGCAAGUCUCGUCGAAAUUGAAGAUUAUCUUUCUAAUUAUAUGUAUAUGCGCGUCGAGAAGUUUUGCAUUGCUUUAAAUUCUAUUAAAAUGCAUCUGAAAUUAUGGGAAAGUAACUAAAGUAAAAUUUGGCGCAGAAAUAAACAAUCUAUCAAAUCUAUUUAAUCUUUUGAGUCUCACAAUUCUCAGAGAUUUUAUAUCUUCAAAUAUAUAAAUAUCAACAAAAAGUACUGCAAAAAAGUAUUGCAAAAUUAUAAGUUUUCAGAAAAAUUGUUUGCACAAUAUAGUUUCUUUUUCUUCUUUAGUUAUGGUAAAGAAGCAAAAUAUUAAAUAAAUAUCAAACUACACAAAAGAUUCAAAGGUUACAAUAUCUGUUAGGGAUAUUUUCUUCGAUAAAAUAGAGAGCAUUGUAAAAUGAUUAUAACUGAAAGAGAGAGGAUAUAGUUCUACAAAAUAUAGUUAUAAUAUUUUUUAUUGAUUCUAUUUGACACAGAAAAAGAUCUUCAAUAGGUAAUAUACAUAUAUAACAUGGAAUAAUUUGAGUGUAAGACUUUUUAAAUGCGCAUAUAUUUUCCAUAGAAUUCCUGUUGCUGUUGAAAGCUAAAUAGCUAACAGAGACCAAAGACAGAUAUAUAAUGGCAAAGUGCGAGAUUUUUAAUAAAAAAUAAUAAAACCGGAUUAAAUAUACUAUACACGUAAAAAUUACACUUACCAGUGUUAAUUUUCGGGAUUAAUCUGGAGGAUUUGCUAACAAUUAUUCCCGGUUGCAAUACGUCCCUUUUUAGAAAUAUCCUUAAUUAUAGAAUAUAAGAAUAAAAAAAUAUAUAAUUAAUCUUAAUUAUAAUGCUAACCGACGUUAUACAAUCAGUCUCGAAUCAUCCGGGAUUGGAAGCUGAUUGUAACAAAAUAUUAUUGAAAUAGUAGUGGGUUUCGCGAUAGUGAGGAUAAUGAUGACGAUAGAGGCGGACGGGCUUCGAAUUAAGAACAAAACAUGCCAAAUGCAUUUAAGUAGAUUAUUUUGUAUCGAAUGUUUGCGUAAGUUUAGCUGUAGGUAAAACGCAUAUAAAUGAAGUGUUCUAUCAAUCGAUUCGGUUCCAUGACGCGAAACAAAUUUUAUGAGAUAAAAAUUAAUUUUGACAAUUUUUAAUUGUGCUUGUUUAUAUUAUUGAUUGCAUAUUUCGUUUUAAAUUAAAUUCAUCUUAAAUAGGAAUGCGACUUUAGACUAAAAGAUAUAUUUUGAAUAAUUUCCUGGUGGAUGAAAUGUAAAAUCGAAAGAGAAUUGAGAAGUAGUAAGAGAGGAGUUAAAAAUUUAGGGAUGCUAAACUUUUCAAUUUUAAAAAGACGCGAGUGAUUGAUAUUAAUAACACAAGAAUUUUCACAGACAAAGGGCGAUGAAUUAGGCGAUUUUUUGAAAUGGUGCGUAAAUGUAAUGCAUAUUAAACUUGUGCUCAAGAAAGGAUGAUAAGAUAAUUAUUUUUGUAAAGGGACCGCGAAAUUAUAUUUUAUCAAUAAAAUAUGACACUGAUAAAUUGACGAACAAGUGCAUGCACUGCAAAAAGGAAAGAAAUAUGACUAUAAUUAAAAUUAUUUUUAUAGACGUUGAUAAAAUGAACACAAGAAUUGACAGAAUUAUUUUUAUCAAGUUAGUAUGUGAAAAGUAUACUUAAUUUGAAAUUAAGUUUACUAAAUUAGCGAAAAGUACAUGUUUUUGUGAAAAUGAUUAUGCUUACGAUAAUUAUGCAUACAACACGUAUCAAUUUCAUAGAGGUGCGCACAAAAUUACUUUUUCAUUUUCAUAUCUUUUAUAGCUUAUGAAAUAUAUAUCGAUAUGUUUCAAUUCUAGAUUUAAACAGUUGAGAGCGCAAAUAUUUUAAAUUUAAAUUAUAUUGAAAUUAGAACAAAGUACAAAAUAAUUUUUGAAUUUUUGGAAAUUCGAAAAAUAAUAAAGAGAUAAAAAAAGAUUACUCAGCAAUAUUAGAAAGUAAAUUUUUCUGGAGGAUAUAAAGAUUCUGUCAAAUCUUUCUUGACUCAAUUUAAUUAAGAGAAUCGUCAAUAUUAUUGUAACAUCGCGCUCUUUGUCACUCGAUUCUUAAUAAUCUAUGGUCUCAUUUUGCUGCACUGAUUUUCCGAUUACGAUUUUUGUAACGCGAUUGUGUGAUAUCUGUGGACAAAUUAUAUAUAUAUAAUUGUGUUGACAUGUGUAAGACUCGGUUAUUCGUGAAAUAAUAGAAAUAGUGUCGUUACUGUGAUUUGUUCGCUCGUCAUUUGUUUACUCGCGGAAUUCCAACUUUUAGAAUUUAUACUCGCGAGUUUCUUAAUAAUUGAUAAUUAGUAUUUUUUUGUUCCUUGUUCUCGUUUCUUGUUUCGUUGUUUUGUCCUUAAUAUCGUAAUAAGCACACCGUGCGCGAUUUAUAGUAGUCUUAAACGUGAUUCACGCCAAAUAUUAAGAUGCAUACAUAUUGUGACUCUAGCUAUUUAUAUUAUAUUUUAUUAUUUUAUUAUUAUUAUUAUUAUUGUUAUUACACAUAUAUAAAUAUAAAUAUGGUAUUCGCACAAAGGCAGGGCUCGUAUUGAUAUGACGCGACUUUCUAUUUGUUAAUAAGCUGUAUCUGUUUGAAUCGCGAUUUGCAGACACAAAAUUUAAAAAAAAUGCAACGUUUUUCGUCAACAUGUCAGGUUUACGAUAUUAAAUUCGGGUUUAUUUUUUCAAAAUACAUACUCUGUACAAAUAUGAAUCAAAUGUUUUAAUAACUCGUAAGUCUUUCAUGUAAAACACGUUUCAAUGUAUGAAUGCCGAUUAAUUUUAAUUACGCAGUUAAUCGGAAUUUAGCGAAAUGUAUUCAAUAAAUUUGUGAAAUAAUUAAUAUAUAAUUGUGAACAUUAUAAUUUCUCUUUAAUAUGUUUAAAAAAUUUUUGUUUGACGUUAUAAUUUUCAAUAGAAUUAAAUGUUUGAAUUAUAUGUAACUCUUUACUUUGUUGGAUUUAUCGAGAUAAAAUUAUGGUAAUUUUUUGCAUUUCUAGUGUAUAUUAGCAAGCGAAUAUGUCACAACAUAUAUUACGUGUGCAAUAGACUGUAUCAAUUCGCAUGCAAUGUUCCAGGGCAUUCAAGAGAGAAUUUAUACUUUAUUAAUAUUUCAAUUAUUCAAGAUUAUUAAUUAACACGCACACAUACAUAUACAUCACCACACACACACACAUACACACAUAAAUGCAUUCGCAAAUAUAUUUAAUGUACUGCCACAAAGCUUAUUAUACUUAUAUUGAAAAAUAUAAUUACAGAAUUUCACAUGUUCACUGCAUCUUGCGUGUAUAAAUAUCUAUUUGCAAUAUUCCAAUUAUUCUUUUUGUCAUUUCCACGUUGAUUUACUACAUAAGAUUUCCCAAAAUCAUCGAAUAUGCUCUUAUAUAUAAUAAGUUAGGUAAAUAAUAAUUUAGAUAAAUAAUAAUAAACUUUCGAAAUUGUCUGUUUUAUCCGAUUAAUAUUGUAUUAUACAUUAUUCAAUUAUACAUACAUAUUGAAGCAUCAAGUAGUUUAAAACAUGCAUUGAAAUAAGAUGUAUAUAUUUUAAUAACAUAUAUGUGUUUGACAUUAUAUUUAAUCGAAAUUAUAAUCUAAGAUUAUAAAAUC